AUGAUUACUGAAGAAGAAAUUUCUACUGAAUUCAGUCCACAAGAUAAUAAUAAUAAUAUUACUAUUAAUAACAAUAAUGAUGAAAAAGAUCAACGUCGAUUAUCCUUACUAAAUGAUGCAAAUUAUGGAAUAAUUCUUUGUUUUCUUGAAAAAUUUCGGACAAUACUCGAUUUACCAAAGUAUUCAUUUCAACGACUUGAAGAUCAUUUGAUUAAUUAUCAAGAACGAAUUCCACCACGUCUGAUUGAUUUUCAUUUUAUUCUUCUUAAACGAUUAUCAUUAGCGAAAAAUACACAACGAGAUAAAUUUGAUUCAAUUAUUACUCGAUUUGCUUCUCGAUUUGAUUUAAAUGAUGCCGAUCAUUUAACAACAACAGGAUAUUUACAAGCAGAAAUUAAUGUUAAAAUUCGAAUUUUGAAAAAUUUACUUGAAAGUCAUUUUGAUCUAAAUCAAACAUUUACAAAAAUACUUGCUGAUAAAUCAGCAAGAGAAAUCAAAUCAAUAGCAUUAGGUCGUGAUCGUUUUGGAGUUUCUUAUUGGCUUUUUGUGGUAAAGAAAUACACAUCUACAUAAUAAAAACAAUUUUUUUUU